AAUGUCCAUUAGCAUAACCCUUCCUUAGGAAGAGUGAGAUUUUAUAUUUGACAACAAAGUGUUAGACUCUAUUUCUAAGUACUAGACUUCAAAUGAUAAGGUCCAAAAGUGUUAUAAGAAGAUAUUCAUUUUUUUGUCCUGGAGAACUUAUUUUCCUGUGAAAAUGCCUACCACAAAGAAGACAUUGAUGUUCUUAUCAAGCUUUUUCACCAGCCUUGGGUCUUUCAUUGUAAUUUGCUCGAUUCUUGGGACACAAGCAUGGAUCACCAGUACAAUUGCUGUUGGAGACUCUGCUUCAAAUGGGAGCAUUUUCAUCACUUAUGGACUUUUUCGUGGGGAAAGUAGUCAAGAAUUGAGUCACGGACUUGCAGAACCAAACAAAAACUUUGCAGUUUUAGGGAUACUGAAUAAUUCUUCCCAAAAAACUCUGCAUUUGGUGACUAUCCUGUUCCUGGUCCUGAGUUUGCUCACGUCGCUGCUGAGCUCUGGGUUUACCUUCUACAACAGCAUCAGCAACCCUUACCAGACGUUCCUGGGGCCGAUGGGGGUGUACACCUGGAACGGGCUCAGCGCAUCCUCCGUUUUUGUGACCAUGAUACUGUUUGUGGCGAACACACAGUCCAACCGUCUCUCUGAAGAGUUGUUCCACAUGCUUUACCCGACAACCGCCAGUAAAGGAACGACCCACAGUUACGGAUACUCGUUCUGGCUCAUACUGCUCAUCAUUCUUCUAAAUAUAGUCACUGUAACCAUCAUCAUUUUCUACCAGAAGGCCAGAUACCAGCGGAAGCAGGAGCAGAGAAAACCGAUGGAAUAUGCUCCAAGGGACGGAAUUUUAUUCUGAAUUCUCUUUCACCUCAUUUUGGCAUUGCCUCUGUUUUACAUCAGCCCUGAGUAGUAACUGGUCAGCUUCUCUGGACAAUUCAGCAUGGUAACGUGACUGUCAUUGAUGACAGUGUUUGUGUUUCGUGACACUGUAUUCUUCAUUGAUGCUGUACUCCUGAAAAGUUUCUCCCACAAGGUUGGGGAAAAUGAAUGGGAAAUAUAGCCCGUCUGUGUGGCUUUCAAAGCAGUAGCAUCAUGACGAGCGUAACGACCCUUCUGACCUGGUCUCACGAUCUGAAAUAAUAAAAGGUUGUGUCAUGUUUC